AUGUCUUCGAAUUCCCAAUACAAGUACGACGAGAUGUCCAAUAAGGUCCUACGGGCCAAUCGACGAUUGAUGGACGAGAGAGGCGAAUCACCGGUGUCGACCACUCCCCAGAGCGUUGUUGGUAAGAUCAGCAUUAAGGAGAUGGGCUCUCGAGUGGAAAGGGAGAUAAAGGAAGCUCCUGUACCAGUGGCAAAGAAAAAGAAAAAGAUCAACCGUUCCAUGAGGACGCUUCUUGACGCCUCUGUUGAGGAGCUCACUUAUGUGCCUACCACUGAAAAGUCACAGCAAAUAUACGAGAAUCUGCUAGUUUGGUGUUCAGAACAAUUGGAUAGCGACGUUCCAGGGGACAUUGUCCAGUCGAUGGCCGACAUUAUUCUAGAAAUUCUGAAAAAUGGGCGACUAACAGAUUUGCAGCGAAAAGACACUAUCGAAGAGACCAUGGGCAAGAAGCUUGAAGACGAGGUUUUCCAAAAAGUUCUCGAAUUGAGUAAGGAGAUUGAUGAUUGGAAACGUCUGGAUGGCGACGAAGCGGGGGGAGUUGUUAUUGAUGAGGAAGACGAAGAUGCAGCGGAAGAGCAAGACGAAGACGAAGAUGAAGACGAAGAUGAAGAACCUGCUGAAGCUCAAGAAGUUAAAGAUGAUGUUCUUUUGCUUACGGCUGAUGGUUCUGCAGAGACUGACGAGCUUGAUAUCAGGUCCAUCGACAAAUACUGGCUUACACGACUUCUUGCUCAAGAGUUCAAGGAUUAUGAUUCCUACAGACACACAGAGCUUUCGCAAAGCAUCAAUGAACUGCUCACCAAGUUUGCCGAGAAGGAACUCGAUAUGCGCAAAUUCGAGUCCAGUCUUCUCCAGCUGUUUGAUUAUGACUCGAAUGACACCGUGCGAAAGAUCACAAAGCAUCCGUUGGAGAUAUAUUUUGCAAUCAAGCUUUCCCAAGCGUCAGAGGCAGAAAAAUCACAAAUAUUUGACACCAUGAUAUCGAGAGGAUUGGAAUAUUUGGUCAACCAGUACAAGGGUAUCAGGAAACACAGCGACGAAGAAUCAUCAACGAAACGACAGAAGUUGACUGAAACGGAAAAGAAAGAGGUCAAAAAGCAAGUGCCCAGAUAUGUUGAUAUCGAGAGCUUGGUAUUCGAGCAGGGCUCGCAUCUUAUGACAAAUACCAAAUUCCAGCUUCCUCAAGGAUCUUUCAAACGCGCUCGCAAAAGCUGGGAGGAAAUCCAUAUACCGCCUCCCAAAAAACCAGAGUUCAAGGCGGACGAGAAACUCGUUGACAUUGUCGAGCUGCCGGAAUGGGCACAGACGGCAUUUCCUUCGAACGAAACCAAAACUCUUAAUAGAAUACAGUCCAAAGUUUAUCCUGCAGCCUUUCACGACGAUACGAACAUACUAAUGUGUGCUCCUACCGGAGCAGGUAAGACCAAUGUUGCGAUGUUGACAAUCUUGCGAGCAAUUUCCAAGUAUAUGAGUGACGAUGAAACUAUACGUUUGAAUGACUUCAAGAUUGUGUAUAUUGCCCCUUUAAAAGCUUUGGUCCAAGAACAAGUGCGCGAAUUCCAAAGAAGAUUGAGUCAGUUCAAUAUCACUGUAAACGAACUGACAGGUGACUCAAAUCUCACUAAGCACCAAAUCGCCACCACUCAGAUUUUGGUCACGACUCCUGAGAAAUGGGAUGUGAUUACGAGAAAAAUGAACGAUGCGUCUUAUGUUCGACUAGUCAGGCUGAUCAUUCUCGACGAAAUCCAUCUGUUGCAUGAUAUAAGAGGACCCGUUCUAGAAAGUAUUGUGGCCAGAACUCUCAAAUACGCGGAUGACAACAAUGAGGAACCGGUGAGGCUGGUUGGACUAUCAGCUACGUUGCCGAACUAUGCUGAUGUUGCCAGAUUUUUGCGAGUGGAACAAAAAGGAUUGUUCUACUUUGACGCAACCUACCGUCCAUGUCCGCUGGCCCAGCAGUUUGUUGGCAUUACGGAGAAAAAGUCACUGAAGCGCUUUCAGGCAAUGUACGAGGUGUGCUACGAUAAAGUUGUGGAAAACCUUUCCAAUGGACACCAGGUGAUCAUUUUUGUUCAUUCGAGGAAAGAGACGGAGAAAACAGCUAAAUGGAUCGUGGACAAGCUGAUUGAAACAGAGAGAGUGGCAGACUUGAUCAAGUUUACGCCUGGGGUCCAGGAGAUUCUGAGAACUGAGGCGCAAGAAGCAGCUAGCGAGGGCCUCCAAAAUGUGCUUCCUAUGGGUUUCGGAAUCCAUCACGCUGGAAUGAACAAAAAGGAUAGGUCCACAACCGAGGACCUUUUCGCCCAAGGCUAUUUGAAAGUGCUGGUUUCCACGGCAACUUUGGCGUGGGGUGUUAACUUACCUGCGCACACGGUCAUUAUCAAAGGCACGAAUGUUUACUCUCCUGAGAAAGGUACGUGGGUUGAGCUUUCACCUCAGGAUAUUCUUCAAAUGCUAGGAAGAGCUGGUAGACCAAGAUACGAUACUCAUGGUGAGGGUAUUAUCAUCACCAACCAGGACGAGGUGAAGUAUUACCUCGCGAUAUUGAACCAGCAGCUGCCAAUUGAAUCCCAACUGGUCUCGAAGCUUGUGGACAACCUCAACGCCGAAAUAGUGCUGGGAACUGUUCAGUCGUUAGAGGACUGCAUAAAAUGGCUGGGUUACACCUAUCUGUAUGUCCGCAUGUCGCACUCACGCAGUCUAUACCAUGUUGGGAUGGAGUAUGAAAAUGACACAGAUUUAGUCGAAAGAAGGCGCGACUUGGCGUACUCUGCUCUUCUGCUGCUCAUGAAAAACGGGUUGAUAAAGUACAGCUUCCAAAAAGACCAAAUAACGGCCACUGACAUGGGCCGCAUCGCAUCGCAUUACUACAUUUCUUACAGAAGCAUUCGCAAUUACUCGAAACACCUAAAUCCGGAUAUGAACGAGACCGAUUUAUUCAGAAUGUUCGCCAGCAGUGAGGAGUUUAAAUACAUUCCAGUCCGACAGGAAGAAAAGAUGGAAAUCAAGAAGCUGAUGGAGAGAGCCCCGAUUCCGGUGAGCGAAUCAAAUGAAGACCCACUAGCGAAGAUUAGUAUUCUCCUUCAGGCCUAUAUUUCACAACUUCGACUGGAAGGCUUUGCUUUGAUGGCAGACAUGAUUUAUGUGGUCCAAUCUGCUGGGCGUCUAUUUCGGGCCAUGUUGGAAAUGGCGCUAAAGAAGGGCUGGCCCCGGCUUGCAGUUCUCUUGAUUGACUUGUGCAAAAUCAUUGAAAGACGUUUGUGGCUGACGAACUCGCCGUUCCGACAGUUCUCUAGGGCCCCAUUUGAGAUCAUACAAACUACCGAGCGGUCUAUGACUCCGUGGAAAUACUAUUUGCGUCUUUCUGACGAGUUCGAGGUUGCCCAGGCUCUAAAGUCCGAGCGCUUUGGACGCAUAGGGUUUGAGCUGCUUCAAAAAUUCCCCAAGUUGAAAAUGUCUUGCCAAGCCCAGCCAAUCACUCCGUCAUUGCUGAAGGUGGAGGCAGAAAUCAUUCCUUCGUGGAAAUGGGACUAUGACAUUCACGGGUGGAGCGAGCAGUUCAUUCUUCUUGUAGAAGACUGUGAUUCAGAGAAACUUCUUUACUCCACCACGCUCAUUGUGCAAAGCAAGUAUAUCGACCAGCCACAUCUGGUUGAUUUUACUGUGCCAUUUAUCGAUUCAUCGCAGCCAAACUAUUUUGUGUCUUUGAUUAGCGAUCGUUGGCUUCACUGCGACACCAAGGUGCCAAUCAUGCUGAGCAACCUCAAAGUGCCAAAAAUAUUCCCUGCACCUACACCCCUCUUGGAUUUUGAUUUCAUUGAGACCAGCGAGGUUGGAGAGUUUAGCAAGAUUUUCAACUUUGAGACCUUCAACAGAGUCCAAUCCCAGGUUUUCGAUACUGUAUUUAAUACCUCAGAAAGUACACUGUGUUUUUGCUCCAAAGGUUGUGGAAAGACGACAAUUGCAGAGAUUGCGUUGCUGAGCCAUUGGAAUGAAGAAAAAGGUCGGGCUGUUUAUCUUGCCCCUGAGCAGUAUCAAAUUGAUCAGCUUCUAAAACGCUGGAAAAAAGUGUUAGGUCCACUAUUUGGGGGCAAAGAGAUUAACAAGUUGACGGGCGAGUUAAGUGCGGACUUGAAAUUACUCGGAGGCUCACAUUUAAUUUUGGCAACUCCCGAACAGUUUGAUUUGAUCUCCAGGCGUUGGCAGCAAAGAAAGAAUGUACAAUCCAUAGAGCUCGUUAUUGCAGAUGACUGCCAUGCAAUUGGUUUUGAUCCAAUCUAUGAGCUUGUCCUGAGCCGUCUUAGGUUUAUCGUCAUCAAUUUGAAGAAAGACAUUCGGGUUGUCGCACUAGGGUCCUCUCUAGCGAAUUCAAGAGACGUUGCUGAUUGGCUUGGUGUUUCCAAACAGUGCAACUUUAAUUUUGACUCAAAAGAAAGAGAGUAUCCUCUCGAAGUGAAAUUCCAAGCGUACCAGCUGACACACCAUCCAUCCAUGGUUUUAGCAAUGAUUCGACCAGCAUACAAUGCAAUCAGAGAUCUUGACGAGGAAAGAUGUAUUUUGUUUGUACCAACGAGAAGCCACUGCGUCGAUAUAUCUAAAGAACUGGUCAGAUUGAUGACGAAAGACGAUGCGAAUUGGCUGAGAACAGAUUUGGAGAGUAUUGAGAAGUAUCUGGAUCGGGUGCAAGAUUCCUCUUUGAAAGAAGUUCUCAAGUACGGCAUUGGCUUUUACUACACAGGGAUGGCAAACACUGAUCGAAGUCUCGUUGAGAAAUUAUACUCUGUCGGUGCCUUGACAUGUUUGAUGGCGACCAAAGAGACCUGUUAUUGGUCUCCUGCUGCAGAGUUUGUCGUUGUUUUGAGUACGCAGACCUAUGAAGGAAAAGAACACAGGUACAUUGAUUACCCAAUUAACGAUAUACUCGAAAUGGUGGGCCUUUCGAGAAACCAGAAAGCCACUUCAAAGGCUUUGAUUCUCACAAAUGAAGAGAAAGUCGACUAUUACAAAAAAUUCCUUGGCGAGUCGCUGCCAAUUGAAAGUCAGCUGGCAUAUCACAUCCACGAUGCAUUUGUGAACGAUAUCAGCACCCAGCUGAUCAGAAAUCGACAGGAUUGUGUUGAUUGGAUCACGUACUCCUACUUCUACAGAAGAUUACAGAGCAACCCCAGCUAUUAUGGCCUGAAGGAUACGAGCGAGGAUGGUAUCUCAGAAUAUUUAUCAGAGCUUGUUGAAAGCACACUGAACGAUUUGGUGGAAGCCAAGAUUAUAGAGCUUGAUAUUGAUGAAGACGUGGAAGAAGAAGAGGAGCUUGGAGAUGAAAUUAAACCUUUGAAUGGCUGCAUGAUAUCUGCAUAUUACAAUGUCUCGUUUGUGACUAUGCAAACAUUCUCACUGUCUCUCAACAACAAAACCAAUUUGCGGGGACUUUUAGAAGUCGUUGCCUCUGCUCAUGAAUUUGACGAUAUCCCUAUUCGAAACCAUGAAGACGAAUUCUUAGGAAAGCUUUACAACCGACUUCCGUUGAGAAGCGCAAGCAUCAGAAACUUCGAGUCUCCAUCAUUCAAAUGUUUCAUCCUGAUCCAGGCUCACCUUUCGAGAGUCAAUCUGCCCCCAGACUUGGCAGGAGAUCUGAAUAAUAUCUUAUUGAAACUGGUGAAUUUGUUAUACGCAGCUGUUGAUGUUUUUUCAAGUGAGGGUUUCCUGAACGCUAUGUCUGCCAUGGAUCUGACGCAGAUGGUCGUCCAAGCCAUGUGGGCCAAUGACAACCCGUUGAAACAGAUUCCUUACUUCAGCGAUGAAAUCCUGAAAGAAUGUGAGGCAAAGAAGAUUGAAACUGUGUAUGACAUCAUGGCAUUGGAGGACGAGGACAGAGACGAGCUUCUUAAAACACUAACUGAGAAACAACUUGGAAGUGUUGCCGAAUUUGUUAACAAGUAUCCAAACCUGGAACUAUCAUACGAAUUGGAUCUCAAAGAACCAAUCAAAGCGAAUGAGCCUAAGGAAAUUGUGGUGAACAUUGAACGAGACGAGGAACUAGAAGAACUGGACGCCGUUUGUCCUCGGUUUCCAUACAAAAAGAUGGAAAAUUGGUGGAUUGUCAUUGGGGAACACAAGAGGAAAGAAUUAUACGCUAUCAAGAAGCUUACGAUUUCCAAGGAGUCUCAGCAGGUGCGUCUAAACUUUACGAUACCGGAUGCUGGAGAGCAUAAGCUCGGUAUAUGGUGUGUCUGCGACUCUUACAUUGACACAGACAAACAGAUCGAGUUUGAUGUGAAGGUGGACUAA